UCUUCCCACACUGAUCAUAAUGUAAGGCUGAUCUUCUCUAACCUCAGUCCUAAUACAAUGGUGAUUGUGCAAUUGGCAUUCUUGUUUUCAAUGAGCACAGGCCCUGCAUCGACUAUAUACGGUCUCCCCGGACCCUGCAUUCACUAUAUCUGGUCUCCCUGGACCCUUCAUUCACUAUAUCUGGUCUCCCAGGACCCUACAUUCACUAUAUCUGGUCCCCCAGGACCCUGCAUUCACUGUAUCUGGUCUCCCUGGACCCAGCAUUCACUAUAUCUGGUCUCCCAGGACCCUUCAUUCACUAUAUCCGGUCUCUCUGGACCCUGCAUUCACUAUAUCUGGUCUCCCAGGGCCCUUCAUUCGCUAUAUCUGGUCUCCCAGGACCCUACAUUCACUCUAUCUGGUCCCCCAGGACCCUGCAUUCGCUAUAUCUGGUCUCCCCGGACCCUUUAUUCACUAUAUCCGGUCUCUCUGGACCCUGCAUUCACUAUAUCUGGUCUCCCUGGACCCUGCAUUCACUAUAUCUGGUCUCCCCGGACCCUGCAUUCA